GGAACGCUUCGGUAGAGCCGCCGCCCAUUCUGUGCGACAUGGACCGCUUUCGUCACGCGCAAGUGCGUCCUGUUCGCUCGCGCAGGACACUUUGCAACUUUUCCCGUCGUUGCCAUGGGUACAUCAGGGUCGCGACAGGUCUCGGCUGUCACCAUGAUGGAGGUGGGCCACCACAGCGCGCUCAUAAUGCUAGCCAAGCCACAUCUGGACACGUCCCCAGCCUCGUCCCCCAUCGGCCCUCCCCGUCGCCAAGCGUCGUCUCCAGCUAGGUCGCCACGUGACGCCGCUCUCGAUUCAGCCCUCGUGCGUGAAGUGCUCAAGUGCCGUGGCAUCUUGCGACUGGUGUGUCAAUUCCAAGACGGACUCGACGCCAAACUGCACGCGCUAGUCGAAGACUACACAUCCAUGCCCCCGCACAACGAAGCGUUCAUCGUCGAAGCGAUGCUAACGCUUCGAUUGUCGUCGAGCCGGCCGCACUCUCGCCGCAACCUGCAUGCAAACAACAAGCUGGUGUCGACAAGUCUGAAAACAUGCGAUCCGCUGGCUGUUGUCAAGACUCUGUAUCGAUUCCGACGCCAAGAGGUGUUCACGUCGUCGUGCUUGCUGUAUUUGGCCAAACAGGGCCACCUCCGUGUGCUGGCGUUCCUGCACUCGGCCGGGUGCCGUUCGUUCACGCCACAAGUUAUGGACGCCGCCGCGCAAUACGGUCACUUGUCUCUCGUGCAGUUCCUCCACACGCAUCGCACGGACGGCUGCACAGUCGCGGCGCUCGAUGGCGCCGCCAGACGUGGCCACAUGGAACUCGUCCAUUUUCUACACAUCCACCGCAACGAAGGCUGCUCGCCAGCGGCAAUCGACGGAGCCGCCGCGAACGGCCAUCUCGAAAUUGUGCAAUACUUGCAUGCAAACUUCCCCGCGUUGUGCGACAUCGAGUCGGCACUCAAGCUCGCGACGGAGAAGGGGCACAUCGACAUCGUGCGGUUCCUGCACGAGUUGAACGGUGGAUCGAAUGUGCUGAAAGUGCUCGUGUGGGCCGCGCGGAAAGGCCAUCUCAACAUUAUCAAGUACAUGCAAGCGACCCACGAAGAAGCGUUUGUGCGAUUCAACCACCACGUCAUGUACACGGCGUCCGAACGGGGUCACACCGCCAUUGUCGAGUACUUGUCGAGCGGCGAAGCGACCACGUGAGUUGCGUGUGUGGCCUCUAGGAAGCAGCGUUUACAGGAGUAUUUAUGUUUAUUUACAGCCCAAACGUCAGGCCGACAGGCAAACUGCCGUUGUGGACGAGGCACGUUUAAUUUUUUACCGGCUGGCAGUCGAUCGAUACCAGAUAUCGAUGCCCUGCGCUCCCUACAAUUGCAUCGAGACGGCACUUGGCGCUGUUGACUGCAUUGAGGUUGACAUGCAUGCGUCUGUGAGCGGCUGGGGAGAACGUGUUGUCUCUGCCAAAGCUAUCGUGAGCAUCCGUUGUGCUGCCCUUCAUUCAAUCAACCCAGCAGGUACGUUGGACAAGUUGACCAGGCUGUUCAUGCGAAGGCUGUGUCCCCGUCGCCGCGCCUGCUUCCUUUGUCUUCCCCGUCGGUGUACGCUAUGCCGCACCCCACCCUCUUGAAACACAAGCGCCGGAGCGCAGAGUCCAAGUGACGGCGGAGUUUAGUGGCAAGGGCGUAACCACCCGCGAUCCGUCGGUUUCGCGGUCGGUUGCUCGUUC